ACGAAACGGCGCGCUCAAGUCGAUGGCUACUUUGAUCUAUCGUAGACCCAUUAACGGCAAUCCAAUACCAAGAUACCUGAUCUACAAAGAGCUCGUUCGGAUUUGUGAUGCUACUUUGUUACUGAGCCUUAAAGUCACGAAUUUGAUUUUCGAUAGAUAUGCCGAGAAGAUAAUUUGACAAAAGUGCAUUGGAACUAGUUUUGGUGUUAAGGAGGUCAAUGUUCAAAUAUUUUCAAGCGGGAAUUUCAAACCCAUAGCAUGUAGUUCGUUGAGCUAAAUAAAUCACGUGCGUUCUUGACAAAAAAUAUUUAGGCUAUGAAAGCACUUGAGGCGUUAGGAGCUUUACGCUAAGAACGAGUUUAUCGGAAACACGUUUCGCAAGCACGCGAUAGUAUUUCCUCUGUUCGGUACAUUCGUAGCAAAUACGCAACAUACGCAACAACCUAGGGAUACGCCACAAAGUGACUUUUUGGGCGCCAACAAUUAGGUGUUCCCUCCCAUCAAUUGUUUUAGUUCCGUACUAGUGGAGAGUACGAUCGCCACUACCAGUUUCUUCAUCUUUUUGUGCAGCGAGCAGCUUCUGUCCAAGGCCUAUUAUCGAAAAAUCUAAAUUUUCAAGUUUUUUAUCACUAUCACACAGGCUUCCGAAAAUAGUUUAAUGCCACAUUAGCUUAAAUGUGUUGGAAACAAAAAUCGCUGGCUUUUCCUACAAAUUCAAGUGCAUCCCCAGGGGCUUCGCAGUGGAAGUGACAAUCGUGUCAAGUGUGAAUUCGGAAAUUGAUGUGCCCAAUUGUGCGACGGCAUUCACUGCCUUUUUGGUGGAAGUGUAUCAUUAAUACAAGGCGAAUCCUCGGGCUGGCGAUCGUUUUCCCGAGUAAUGAGCUGAAUGAAAUAAUUUAAUUCAGUUCGAUUCGAUCCACCUGUGCAUGCGCGAAUAGUUACGUCUGGCGAGUUUGGAUGCGGCGUUUGACUGACGGUUAUUUGUUUCAUUCCUGCUAGAAGAAGGCUCUCGGGAGGAAGUUCGACAAUCGUAGGAUCAGUUUAACUUAAGCAGCACCGCACGGCUGACACGUGAUUUUUUUUCUUUGGUUUUCUUCAUCGGAAGGACAGCAGAUCAAAAACAAACUUAGCGUCUACAUAGGAUGGUAGAAAGUGAAACCGAUUCCAGUAAUUCAAAGUAUACCGAUGUAAAAGACGAGAGGCUAGCAAACGGCGUCGGUUCCAAAGAGCAGCCCAGCAGCAAGGUUGACCAACUCCGCCAGACCGCGCUGCAGAUUGCGACCAAGACCCAGCCCCCGCACCUAGCCGACUCGAAGAAGGGCUCGCUCGAUCCGGAGCGGGGCUACGGCAGCAAGGCUGACUUCGAGCAGGCGAUAGAGCUCACUGGUUAUGGCAGAUUUCACUACAUCCUACUAGCAAUAUGCGGUCUCGUGAGCACCAGCGAGGAGAUGGACGUCAUCUCGAUGUCCUUCAUCCUGCCGUCGGCUCAGUGCGAUCUCGAUCUGAAUACUCAGUCCAAAGGAUGGCUCAAUUCGAUUAUCUUCAUUGGCAUGAUGGUUGGAGCUUAUGUCUGGGGAAGCGUUGCCGACUCGCUGGGUAGGAAGAAGGUGCUGAUCGUCAUCUCGAUCAUGAACGCCUUCUGCAUCGUCGCGUCCUCGUUCUCACAGUCCUAUGAGGUGUUUAUGGUGUUCCGCUUCCUCAACGGUGCUGCACUUGGUGGUAGUGGACCUGUGAUAUGGUCCUAUUUUGCAGAGUUCCAACCUAAAGCCAAACGAGGAUCCAUGUUGAGCUUCAUGGCAGCUUUCUGGACGAUAGGAAACCUUCUUGUCGCCGGACUGGCAUGGCUUAUCAUUCCUAGCAAUAUUGGCAUUCACACCGCUGGCUUCACCUUCAACUCUUGGCGUAUUUUCCUUAUGGUGUGUUCGAUCCCGUCGUUCAUCGUGGCUGGACUGCUCCUCUAUCUACCGGAAUCUCCCAAGUUUCUGCUAUCGCAGGGUAAAUUUGAGGAGGCACUUGCCAUCUUCCGCGGUAUUUACGUUACAAAUACGGGUAAAGCGGCUGCCCUGUACCCGGUGAAGGAGCUGGUGCUCGAUGAUAAACUAAUGAACGAACUGGAAGAAGUCAAGAAACCCAUCAAAAACAAGUACAAGCGCAUGUUGUACAACAUCUUGGACAACAGUCGUCAGCUGUUCAGAUCUCCGAUUCUCAAGUUUACCAUCAUUUCCAUCACGAUCAAUCUCACAUUCCACAUCGGUUACUACGGACUGAUGAUGUGGUUCCCGGAGCUGUUCAACCGCUUCGACGAAUUCACCCGUGCACAUCCAGAUGUUGAAGAAGCCUCCGUAUGUCAGGUCACAAACUACGUAGUCAGUCUAGGGUCGCACUCCGAUGCAGGAGUCUGUUCGGCAUCGAUUCCAAGCUCAGUCUUCUUGGAAUCGUUGAUUACGGUCGCCGCCGCACUUCCAGCCAACGUUUUUGCCGUUUUGGGAAUGGACAAAUUGGGCAGAAAAUUCUUCCUCGUGUUCAGUACCAUGUCGGCCGGAAUGUGCUCGGCUUCCAUGUACUUCGUAACGAACAAGCACCAGAAUCUAGCCGUGUCGGCCGUCUUCAGCGGUGUGAUUUCGAUGGGUAACGCAUCGCUCGACUGUCUCAUAACUGAAGUUUUCCCAACGAAUUUGAGAGCAACGGGUGUAGCCAUAUCGAUGAUUGCAGCACGUUUCGGAGGUAUUCUCGGCAACGUGGUAAUAGCCACGUUACUGGACAUGUACUGUCCUGCGCCAACCUUCAUCGUGGCCGUAUUGCUGGCAAGCGGUGGACUGAUGUGCCUCUUUUUACCUAACACUACGCGAACAGCACUGUCGUAGAAAGCUGACGCGCACCUUUUCAUGUAGACCAACUCGUAGUGAACUAAACAUCUUUCCAUUUUCAAAGAGUUGCCUUUUUCUCCUUCACAAAUUGUAUGCGACUAUCAAUUUUUAUUUAAUUUUAUCUUAAUUCGUAUCUUCAAAACUGUAUGUCCUUCUUAAAUCUUUCAAUCUCAAAACAAAAGAUCUUGAAGUCGAUGAAUUUAACCUAGGUUUAAGAGCAAUUGUUGUAAAAAGAAUAAAAAUAGCCAGAAAUAUAAAUUACGAAAACUAUUGUUAAAUUGAAUAAUUGCAUAACUUGUAAUAUUUUUUAAUCCGUUGUUCGAAUUGUGAAAUCAAGCAAUAGCAACUUGACUUAAAAAUAUGAAGGAUGAAUAUGUGUAACUUCAGUAAAUUAAAUAAAAUGCAAUAAUAAUUUAA